UGAACGGAGCUCCGCCGCGGCACGCGACGAUCAGAAAAAAAACAAACAGCGACAAACUUUUCGAACGCAUUUGAAAUUAUUCGCGCGCCAAGAAUUUUAAAAAUCGAACGUUCUGUGGAUUUUUAAACUUACGCCGGUUUGCUUUUUAUUGUUGAAAGAAGUUUUUGAUCUGUGAGUGAAAUGGAGUGAGUGGUUUUUGUUUAAAGUUAAUAACAAAUUAAAGUAUAAUUAAAAGUGGUUUUGUGGAGUUCAAGCGUCAAACUACAACUGGAUCGUUAAAGAGCGCGACAAUGCAGGGCGCCCCCCCACCCCCCUGACCGGCGGCCAGCGAUGCGCCGGGCGGGCGCCGCGCGCGCGGAGCAUGCGCUCCCUCAACGCGACCGCCUGCGCCGCGCUGCUGGCCGAGGUGCAGUGGGACGAGCCCGCCAGCCUCGUGUCCCUCGCCGUGCUCGCGCUCAUUGACGUGCUGGUCGUCGCGGGUAACUGCCUGGUGAUCGCAGCCGUGCUCUGCUCGUCGAAGCUGCGCUCGGUCACCAACCUGUUCAUCGUGUCUCUGGCCGUCGCCGACCUGCUGGUGGGAGUCGCCGUGCUGCCCUUCUCCGCCACCAGGGAGGUCUUCGAGAUAUGGAUAUUCGGCGGCGUGUGGUGCUCCGUGUGGCUGGCGGUGGACGUGUGGAUGUGCACGGCGUCCAUCCUGAACCUGUGCGCCAUCUCGCUGGAUCGCUACGUGGCGGUGACUCGCCCCGUCAGCUACCCCAGCAUCAUGAGCCGGAAGCGGGCCAAGGCGCUCAUUGGCGGGCUGUGGGUGCUGUCGUUCGUCAUUUGUUUCCCCCCGCUUGUUGGGUGGAAGGAUGAGAAGCCGGCCGAAGCGUCACAAGAUGGGUGGACGCCCAACCCGCACUGCCCGUGGACGUGCGAGCUCACCAACGACGCCGGCUACGUGAUCUACUCCGCACUUGGCUCCUUCUUCAUCCCCAUGUUCGUUAUGCUGUUUUUCUACUGGAGGAUCUACAAGGCCGCCGUCAGGACUACGAAGGCAAUUAACCAGGGGUUCAGGACCACUAAGGGGGCUAAAGCUGGCAAAGGCAUGGGCAGCAGGUUCGACGACAACCGGCUGACGCUGCGCAUCCACCGCGGGCGCGGCUCAGGCGGGCGGCCGCACGGCUCCCCUCUCUCCACGGCCAGCAACCAUUCUACUAGCACGUCACUGAGCGCCUCGCCGGAGAGGUUACGACGACACUCCAGCGCAAGAAGAGCCCACGAAAAGGUGAAGAUAUCGGUGUCGUAUCCUUCAUCGGAACAGAUCUGCCCCAACAACGACCUGUCCAGGUCUUCUAGCAGGUCUCCAAGCCCGUCUCUUUAUGCCGUUCAUUAUGAAAGAGAUGGCCGCGAGUUGACUGAAAGCAGAUUGAGAGUAAAAUCAUCCCACCACUUGACUCCAAAUCCAUUUUACGAUGAAUGUGAUGACAACAAACCACGAACAACCAGAAGAAUGGGGAAAAGAAAUAUCAAAGCGCAGGUGAAACGCUUCAGAAUGGAAACCAAAGCUGCAAAAACCCUCGGCAUCAUCGUUGGUGGGUUCGUGUUCUGCUGGCUCCCCUUCUUCAGCGUGUACGUGGUCCGCGCUUUCUGCAACGAGUGCGUCACACCCAUCGUCUUCUCCGUGCUCUUCUGGCUGGGAUACUGCAACUCGGCCAUCAACCCUCUCAUCUACGCCUUGUUCUCUAAGGACUUUAGGUUCGCAUUUAAGCGUAUAAUCUGCAAGUGCUUCUGCCAUGGUGGCGGGAGGCGAGACUCUGACGGCUCAGCGCGACCGCAACGGACUCCAAGUGCGAGGCAGCAGAACUCACACUCCUUGGAGGAGCACGAGUCAACUACGGUCACUGACAGGUGACGUCAAGCAACACGGCGGCACAACCCGCCGUUCCAGGCGACCGUCGCGUGCGUGUAGCACACGACCAUCAUCCGGCCCUACGAGGACGGAUUCUGGUUAUGACGAUGCGCAUUCAGUGAAGUGUGCACCCAUUAAUAAGGAAACUAUGACAGUUAAAUAAUUUUUUUUGAUCAAUGAAAGAAACAGUGUAAAGUGCGCGUUGGAAAUGGUCGACUGACUAAAAAACAUUGAAUUAAUUGGAAAUAGGUAGGUACAUUUCAAGAAAGAUUAAACUCUGAUGUGUAUUUUUAUUGGCUUAGCUUUCAUCAUGUGAAUCUAAUUUUAAACAAUGUUUAAAAAUGUGUAAAGAAUAACUUUAUUGAGUGUGAAAUUGGUAGGUAAAAAUAUAGUAGGUACUUAAAUAUGAUUUGAUAGUGGCAUCCGAAACUUAAAUAUGUACUUAGCUCUUUUUAUUACUAACUAUUACAAACGAGAUGAAAAAGCAUAGACUUACGUAUUUGAAAU